CUCGAACCUACCUAGACACCUAUUGUGACGCCAAUCCCUCAAGCAUUAUUCCCCUGGAACAAAUACUUGAGUAUUGACCUGCUCUCCAAUUCCCGUCAGGAUUUCUCCCUCGACAGCCGAUGCCUUUACCCGAAUGACCAGCAGCAAUACGGCUGGAGGAUGAUUGCCGUUCUCAGACGACAACGCCAACCCCACAUCAACUCCCACUACGAAAGCUUGACCUCGUGGAGAAGACCUAUGACUAGGCUUACAAGCGGGUCUUGAACAACUGCCGAAGGGUCGAUAAUCCGACUACUGACGCCUUUUUCCUCACUCCUUCGAUAACAAAUCCAACGUGAUCCCCCUUCAACACGCGAGACAAUUUACUUGUCCUUUCAAUCCUUUCUGUACAGCGAGUUGUUGACAUGGCGAUUACAUCGGCGUUCGCCUCAUGGCCACCUUAUGCCUGGCUCUCGCUGAUCCUCGUGAUUCCAGUCGUAACACUGCUCCAUGAUAUAUGGGUAUGGAUGCGAAUGCCCCCUGGCCCAACUCCUCUUCCCUUCGUAGGCAACAAAUUCCAGCUUCCGCAAAAGUCACCAUGGAUUCAAUUUCAAGACUGGUCAAAGAAAUACGGCCCUAUCUUCACAAUCUGGAUAGGAAGAAAACCAACCAUAGUGCUGUCGGAUCCAGUCAUUGCACAGGAGCUUCUGGAGAAACGAAGCACAAAGUACUCAUCGCGGCCGCGUAUGGUGGCAAUGGGCGAGAUUCUUUGGGAUGGUGCUAGCAUCCUGGUGCAACCAUAUGGCAAGCAAUGGAGCACUCGAAGGAAACUGCUUCACCAAGCCAUGACUCCUAAAGCAUUAAAAAUGUAUAAACCGGCCCAGACAGCGGAGGCAUCUCGCCUAUGCCAACAUCUGCUGGAUAGACCUGCCGAUUGGGAGAAAUUGCUCGAACGAUAUACCUCCAGCAUAGUUUUCUCCGUUGCAUAUGGGCAUCGCAUCGAUUCAUUGAACGCAGAGGUCAUUCGUGAUCGCUUCAAGUUCAUGACAUAUGCAGCCUCCCUUAAUGUUCCCGGAAGAUACAUGGUCGAAUCUUGGCCUUUCUUGAAAUACAUCCCCGACGUACUUGCCCCAUGGAAGGCCGAUAUCAAAGCCCACGGCCGCGAAGAGGCGACCGCGAACAUGGCUCUUGUAGACGUCGUACGCUCCGACCUCGCCCGAGCCAGGACUCGAGGCGACGACAUCCCAGACUCCCUCUGCAAGUUGCUCCUCGAGCUCCGGGAAAAAGAGCACAUCCCCCUCUCCGACCGCGACUUCAGCUACAUCCCGGCCUCCCUCUUCGGCGCCGGCUCCGACACAACCGCCUCCACCCUCUGCAGCGCCUUCCUAGCUCUCGUAACACACCCAGAUACCCUCGCAGCCGCCCACGCAGAACUCGACUCCGUAAUCGGGCCCUCCCGCUCCCCAACCUUCGACGACGAGCCCCAUCUCCCGUACAUCCGCGCCCUCGCCAAGGAAGUCCUCCGCUGGCGCCCCGUCGCCGUGCUCGGCGGCACACCGCACGCCUCCACCGAAGACGACCACUACGAGGGCUACUACAUCCCGUCCGGCACGACCAUCCUCGGCAACUCCUGGGCCAUCAACCUCAACGAAGAGUACUACCCGAACCCGCACCACUUCGACCCCACGCGCUUCCUCGACUCCGCGAUGGCGGAGCGCGCGAAGAAUUUGACGCCGUUGUCUGGCCGCGCGCACCCUGCGAAGGCGGGACAUUCGUCGUUUGGGUGGGGGAGGAGGAUUUGUCCGGGCGCGGAUUUGGCGGCGAAUAGCUUGUUCAUUGCGCUGGCGAAGAUUCUGUGGGCGUUUGAUGUGGCGCCGAGGAAGGGGGUGGUGUAUGAUACGUUUAAGUAUACGGAGGGGUUUAAUAUUAGGCCGCAGAAGUUUGAGUGCGAUAUCACGAUUAGGAGUGAGGCGCAUAGGGAGGUGUUGCUGAGAGAUUCGAAGGAGGCGGAGGGGGUGCUGGAGAAGUUCACGCCUUUUGGGGAGUAGAUUGGCAGGGCGGCUUUUGCUGUGAGAGCUUAGGAAUGGUCGCUGUUAAGUUGAUAUGCAGGUAUCGCGACUUGGCCCACUUACGAUCACGCGUGGUAGUGCAAUACAACCAGUGCGUGUGACAAAUAACAAGAUUUAGUGAUCAC